AUGCCCCUCGGCCGGUGCUCCGACCGAAGAGAGGAGAUAUCGCUUUCGGUGCCUUCCCCCGUCGGCGGCCAGCGGCGUUUCCAUGUCCAGUUCCUCAUAAGAAUCGACUGGCGUUCUCUCUUCCGUACCUGCAAAGGAUGGCUCAAAAACCCCAUGAACAUUGCUCUUCUUAUCUGGCUCCUCAGCGUCGCCGUCUCCGGCACCAUGCUGGGCCUCCUCCUCCUCGGACUUCUGAACGACGCGUUCCCCACCAAGUCCCUGCGAUACCACUGGAUCGAGAUCAAUAACCAGGUCCUCAAUGCGCUGUUCACGCUCAUGAGCCUCUACCAGCACCCCAAUCUCUUCUACCACUUCGUCAUGCUGUGCCGAUGGAGCUCCGAAGUCAUCACGGAGCUCAGAAAGAUGUACUGCAAGAACGCAGGUUACCGGCCUCAGGAAUGGGCUCAUAUGAUGGUGGUCUUGGCCCUCCUCAACAUCACUUGUUUCGCGCAGUACGCCCUUUGUGGUCUCUACUGGGGAUACUCCAGGGAGGAGCGACCGGAGUUCCUGGAGAACUUCUUCUUCGCGCUGGGGAUUGCCACACCGGUCUUCGCUGCUCUGUAUGCGGUCUACAGCCCUCUCGGCCGGGAAUACGACUGCGGUUCCGAUGAAGAAUCGCAAGGGAAGAACACCGCAGCUGACACGAAGCGAUGCAAGAAGCAGGGCCUAAAGUUGUACGACCGGAGAGUCGUGGUGAGCAAGCCGGAGUGGGUUGGAGGACUGUUCGACUGCAGGGACGACGCCACCGCCUGCUACCUCUCUUUCUUCUGCACCUGCUGCGUCUUCGGCUGGAACAUGGAGAGGCUCGGGUCGGGUAACAUGUACGUGCACGUCGCCACGUUCCUCCUGCUCUGCGUUGCUCCCUUCUGGAUCUUCAACAUCGCGGCUCUCAACAUCCACAACUACGUCAUCGGAGAUGUCAUCGGGAUCGCGGGAGUAGUUCUCUGCGCGUUCGGAUUGCUGUACGGGGGGUUUUGGAGGAUUCAGAUGAGGAGAAGGUUUAGACUCCCGAGGGAUGCCUUCUGCUUCGGCUCUGCUUCGCUUACGGACCACGUGAAGUGGAUGUUCUGCUGGGCGUGUGCUCUGGCGCAGGAGGUGCGCACCGGCAACUUCUACGAUGUGGAAGACGACAGCCUCUUUAGGAAGCUAAUGGACGGCGAGGAAGAGAGGCAAACGAUCGCAACCGAGACGCGGGAUGGUUCAGAAGUGCUUCGGGGAGAUGCAACGACGCCACCGGUUCAGCCAUUGAUGGGAUCCGAAGACGUCGUAGGUGGUGCGAACGGUUCGACUCAACUCCCACCUGCUUCGUUCUCGGCCGGAGAAGAAGACGACGCGCCGUCUUCUACUUAGACAGGGAAGUCGUACGUGCAACCAAAGCUUAGAA